UGGGUGCUGUGUUUCACACAUAAGCAUUGGAUGAAUAUAGCAUCUAAAGGCGCAGAAAGCGAGUUGCGCAGUAGUGCCUGGUUUAGAGGGUGGUUGAUGAAUGCUAUAAGCGUGGGUGGGAUUACGGUAUUAGCCAAGCUAUAUCGGCCUUUGCGAAAGACCAUGAUAGAACAUGACGUUGCAAUCCUACCACCUUGCAAUGUAUAACUACAAGAUGACAUGAAGCAUGAAUGCCCUAAUGUAGCAGCUUUCCGUGUGUUGUAUUAUCGGACCCGGUGUU